AUGGAUUUAUCAACGGAAGAACUACUUAGCAGAAAAGAGACGUUGAAGCAAUUUGAAAACUAUAUUGACCAAACAAGAAACACACUUAAGUGUUUUGUUGAAAAAAUUGGAUGGACAUUAGAUGAAACACCAAACAAUGAUAAAUUGGUCAAGUGUCCAUUUAACAAUGAACACAGAAUGCCAUCAUCCACACUCGAAGUUCAUUGUCAAAAGUGUGCACUGAAAAAAAAUGGAUACGAUUCAUCUCAUUCAUUUUACCCUUCUUAUAAUUUGUCAACCACUUUGGCCCAGACUGUAAAAAUUGAUAUAAAUCUUGAGCCUAGAGCAGUUUCUCAAAGUAUAGAACGCUAUACUUGUGAUUUUACUACUGAUGAAAGAAGAGUAUUAUAUGAUAGUGCUGUAAAAUACACCAAACUUCCUAAUCACAAAUAUGUGAUAAAUGAUUUAACAGGUGUGGAUGUUUUUAAUAAAACUGAUGAUAAACCUAAAACUGAGCUUGAGCUAUUGCAAGAGCAAAGAGAUUUAAAACGUAGAAGUGCUGCUUAUAGAGGAAAAAAAGUUCACACUGAUAGAAAAUCUUAUGUAGAAAUUUUAAGAGAAGUAGUUGAAGGAUUAACUAAUAGUUUAUCYCAGUCCCAUUCAGAAGAUAAAUCAGUGUGCAUCCAAACUUCAAAUACUGUUUCAGAAACUAUACCAAAUGCCCGUGUUGUGUACAAGUAUGCAGGUAAUCAAAGUUAUGGUAGUAAUCCAUAUACUCGCUGGCUUGAUAUUCAAACUGAGGAAUCUAAAUUAUUUAAGUAUUGUCAAAAAAAGAGUCAAAAUUCACAUCAAGAAGCCUCUACGUCUAGAAUAUAUUGUAAAGAUCAAACUGGUUUUACAACAUCAAGAAAAAGUAGAUCUAAAUCAAGAGAAAGAAAAACAUCCACUAGUGAAUUAAAAUCAAGAUCUAGUAGUUCUUGGUCUCGCUCAAUAUAUAAAUCAAGAAAAAGUAGAUCUAAAUCAAGAGAAAGAAAAACAUCUAUUAGUGAAUUCAAAUUAAAAAGAUCUAGGAGAUCUAGGUCUCGUUCAGUUUGUAAAGAAACCAAAUAUAAAAAACUUAAAAUUCAUUCUGUAUCCAAAGAAUAUGAAUCUGUAGAAAAUAAACAUAAAAGGUCUAAAAAACGUAAAACUCGAUCAAACUCUAAAGAAAGUGAGUCUAAAAGACAUAGAAGUCGAUCGAUAUCUUUAGAAAAUACAGGUAAAAGAUCCAAGAAGUAUAGAACCAGGUCCAAGUCAAAAGAACUUGAUAAUAUUUUGUUAAAUGAAAAAGACUCUACCAUACAAUUUAAUCCAAAAA